CUCAUCACUCCGACCACCACAUGCAGGACUGUCACUUUGUCCAGAGACUGAAUGCCGCAUCGCAUUGGUCGGGGCUAUCGUCACCACCAGGAUAUUCAACUCCUGCGUAAUGUGUACAGUGUCCUGGGCCAGUCUCUGAACCCUCGAGACUAUGGAAACCCGUUUAUUUCAUUGAGCCAGGUGUUGCGAGACCCCGAAUCUCUUCUACUUGACACGGCUAAGGCACAUGGAGCACACACGCUUACAAAGGAUUUCAAGAAUUACUAUGGAAUCAAAUCAGCAAACCAUGGCUACACGGUAGUGAUCAAAGACAACAUCGUGACACCUGAAUUGCCGACGACAUGUGCUUCGAACACCCUCAAGGGCUUCCUGCCCCCGCAGACCUCGACGGUUGCAGAUCUUCUUCGAAGGGGUGGACAGAUAAUGCUUGCAAAAACAAACAUGGAUGAAUUCGGCAUGGGAUCACAUUCAAUCAAUUCUGCAUACGGCGAGGUACACAACGGAACUGUUGAUGGACCUCAGGGCGGAACCGCGCUGUCCGUCGGAGGAAGCUCUGGCGGAAGUGCUCUCGCUGUGGCUGCGAACCUGGCCAAUGUCGGGAUCGGCACUGAUACGGGGGGUUCAAUACGACUACCAGCCGCGUACAUGAGCUUGGUAGGCUUCAAACCUUCGUAUGGGAUGAUAUCACGCAAAGGCGUUGUUCCAUACGCAAACUCUUUGGACACUGUCGGCUUGGUCGCAAAGUCUGUGCAGGAUGUUUGGCUGACAUACGACAUUUUGAAGAAACCGGACGACAAUGACCCGACGUGUCUGUCUUCCUCAUCUCGCUCACGAGUGCAUUACGCAACCUAUGCUCGCGACGCUGCGUUGCAAGGCAAUAAGAUUCUCCCGGUCAUAUUGAACGGACCGAGAUUUGGUCCGGCUGCUCCAACGGAGACUCCAGGACGUUACCAUCCGAGAAGGCAUCCUCUUCCGACCAGCAAAGGAGUGCCAAAGCGCAUUGGCGUACCUCUUGAAUACAACAUUCAGGAAAUGCAUCCCCUUGUUCGCUGGUCCUGGAUGGCCACCCUGAGUCACUUGGAGAAGGCGGGCUGUGAGAUCGUCCCCAUAUCUCUUCCGUCUACCAAGCACGCAUUGUCCUCGUACUACAUCCUCGCCCCGGCCGAGGCGUCCUCCAACCUCGCCAAGUACGACGGUGUCCGGUACGGCAACAGCCGGCACGACCAUGUAGAUGACGACGCCGCAAAUGGUACUACCCUCUAUUCACGAUUCCGAGGUCAAAACUUUGGGCCCGAAGUUCAGAGACGAAUCCUGUUGGGGACUUUUAGUCUAAGUGCUGGCGCCAUGGACAAUUAUUUCAUCCAGGCACAGAAGAUCCGGAGGAUGGUGCAACAGGAUUUCGACUCCGUCUUCAGGAUGCCGAACCCGCUGAGGGACAACACGAAAGUCAACAAGCAAGGCGUCGACUUUAUCGUCGUGCCCACGGCCCCAACUCCACCGCCGCGACUCAAAUAUGUCAGAAAUGCCACACCCCUCGAGUCUUAUAUCAACGACGUCUUUACGGUCCCUGCGAGCUUGGCCGGUCUGCCGGCGAUCUCGGUUCCAGGCCCACGUCACCCGGAUUACCCGUGGCGUCCAGAAGUCGCCGUCGGCAUGCAACUGAUUGGCCAAUACGGAGACGACUUUAACGUCCUCAAGAUGGCGAAUGACGAGUUGACGAAUUUCCACAAGGGUGUGGUGAGGGUCCGCUAUGGCAAGCACAUGUAAACAAGUCGAGCCAACACUGUACAAUAAAUCAGAGCGAGAGAGAGAGAGUCAUUGGCAUGGGUUCUAUACCUGAAUACCUACUCUAACAUAUAGAUCUCUUCGACCCGGUCCACAGGUAACCUAGAUGCAUUCUGUCUAUCGUCAGAUCACAUUUUUUGAUGAGAGUCAUGAAUAUCCAAAAAAAAUGAAAGAUGAACUUGUUCAUUCCUGC